GACAGGGUUGCCACACAUUCUCGAUUGUCACAGGUUGCGAGUCGCCGUAGGAUCGAGGCACUGCGGCAGGAGAUUGCGGUCGAGAGAGCUUUCAGCUCUGCGCCGCCGAUCGAGACAGGAUGGCGCCAUCAUCCGUGGCCAGCGACAAGAAUGCGUCUGGUGAAUCUCCAGCACCACUCUCGCCACGCUAUGUUGGUCCUUCCUCUUCUAGCACACAAGAGUCGGGUGGCUUCAUCUAUCCAAUUCGCAGCGCUGUGUCGGUCCGGCCGCCAGCAUCUUCAGCCCAGGAAAGUCAGGCAAUGAGCCCUCAGUCGUCUCGCGAAGGAGGUCAUACUCACUCUCAGAGCAUAGAAUCCUUGACUAGCGGCAAGCGUCCCGCAUCUUCUCAUUCUCGAGGGGCAUCCUUAACGCGAGGACUCUCCAAAUCCAGCGUGGGUUCCGCGGCGCCCCCGCGCCCUCCAUCCAGCAAAGACGACCCUGAGGCAAGCGCAAGCUAUGCACGCGUCGAUGCUGCUGCAGACUCUUCUGUCGGGGAACACUUGGACUUGGACUCUGUUGACGAGGAAGCUUCAGAAGUGCAGGAGGCGCGGCGUUCGGACGUUGGGUACGCGGAGCUUGACCCCUUGGAUGAAGACGCGCGGAACACCGCGAGAAGGGAGGCUUCGGCGGAAGCAGCCGAGAAAGAUAGGCUCGAGAGCAUGACACAGACUCGUUUCACGCAUAUCGCCACUCCUGAUGGGCAUAUGAUUGUUACCGGUAGACAGAAGGAACUUACUAAAUGCGAAGAGGAACCAAUUCACAUUCCCGGCGCGGUGCAGUCGUUUGGCUGUAUGAUUGUUGUGCGGGAGGAUGAGGAAGGCAACCUCGUGGUGCGCCAGGCUUCAGAGAAUACCGGCGAUAUUUUGGGUCUGCCUCCUGCGUUCCUCUUCAAGACUGCGUCCUUCUUGGACUGCCUGGAGGAUGACGAAGCUGAUAGACUGUGGGACACGAUCGAAGCUUUGGAUCAGACGGAGCAAGAGCUUACGGAGUCCGGCCCAGUUGUCAUUCAAUUGUCUGGCUGGGGCCAACCCGGACCUGGCACGGGCCGUGCUCGCGCACGAAGACAUUGGGAAUGUUGGUGUGCUGUCCAUCAGCCCAAACUCAAUGCCACUCCGCAAGGUCGGCAACCGCUGACCAUUUUGGAGUUUGAACUCAUCAACGAUGCCCACAAUCCUCUAUAUCACCCGACUGAGCCCCCUGCGGUUCCGGUCGACGAGCACAAUUGCGAGCUGCGUCAGAAAGCGCUUGUACCAUUUCUGGGUCAAGAGACCCAGAGCUCUGCGAGUGGCGGCGCGUCAGCAUCCGGCACUGCCGUACAACACGGAACGGGUCUGGAUGCGAAAGAAUCUUUGAGCGGGCAACUUGCUCGUCUCAGCAUUCAGGCUGGUGCGUCACCGGGCAGCGGUACCGAAGGCUCAAGUACACGCUCAACUUCGCCGCGGCCGAGCUUAGGCACCUCGAGUAAGUCAGACGACACCCCCCGACCCUCAAAUUCUUCCUCCGUGACUCUUUCGGCGGCUCGACACCCUGGUGGUUUGGAAGGCGAGCCCUAUGAGCCUAGCCACGAACAGUGGCUCGAAUCGACCCAAUCAACGUCGCGACCGCUGAGAUCGCUGACGCGCACACAGGACAAAGGCGGGGAGGGCAAUGGCAGAAGACGACCUCGACCCAAGAAAGCAACAGCAGGCGGUGGGCCGGGUUUGGGUUCCGGUCGCAGAGACAGUGGUUCUCAGAUGCUGGACAUGUUCGGCAUCCUAAGUCAGGUCAAUGAGCAGCUUUCUGCCGAGUCGGAGCUGAACAGCUUUCUGAAAGUCGCUGUCAGUCUCGUUCGCGAGGUUACAGGCUUCGGCCGAGUGAUGAUCUAUCAAUUCGACGAGGCUUGGAAUGGUCAGGUAGUCUGCGAGCUCGUAGACUGGAGCGAGACACACGACCUUUACCGCGGCCUUCACUUUCCGGCUUCAGACAUUCCAAAGCAAGCGCGGGAUCUGUACAUGAUCAACAAGGUGCGCCUGCUGUACGACCGCGAUCAACCCUCAGCUCGUAUGGUUUGUCGGGAACAAGAAGACCUCAAUACUCCCGUCGAUAUGACGCACGCCGUCUUGCGCGCGAUGAGUCCGAUUCACAUCAAGUACCUCGCAAACAUGGGUGUCCGUGCGAGCAUGUCAAUCUCCAUCACAGCAUUCGAUCAGCUCUGGGGGCUCAUCGCUCUGCACACGUACGGAGAGUACGGGAAAAGAGUAUCUUUCCCGGAACGACAGCUAUCGAGGCUCAUUGGGGCUUCAAUCAGUCGCAAUAUCGAGCGUCUCAGCUAUACACGCCGAUUAGGUGCCAGGAAGCUCAUCAACACGCUACCAACGGACCAGAAUCCAAGCGGAUACAUCAUCUCCAACGCUGAAGAUCUGCUAAAGCUCUUUGAUGCCGACUUUGGUGUCAUUGCCAUCGGAUCGGAGGCCAAAAUCCUUGGCCCGCUCAGUGCGAGCCAAGAGGUGCUAGGCUGCACCGAGUACUUGCGCAUCAAAAAGUUUCAGAGGGUGGUGGUGUCCCAGGAUGUUAGUGCUGAUUUCCCAGACAUGGUUCUGCCCCGAGGGCUGGAGGUCAUCGCUGGCCUGCUCCUCGUUCCUCUCUCAAAUUCCGGCGUCGAUUUCAUCGCAUUCUUAAGGAAGGCGCAGAACAGGCAGGUCAACUGGGCAGGUCGACCAUUCAAGCAAGGGCAAGAAGGAUCCGCCGCUCUGGAACCACGCAAGUCCUUCAAAAUCUGGAGCGAGACUGUCACUGGCACAUGCAGAGCAUGGAAGGAUGAGGAGCUGGAGACUGCCAAUGUACUCUGCCUCGUGUACGGCAAAUUCAUCAGCGUGUGGCGGCAGCGCGAGCAAGCGAUGCAAUACAACCAGCUCAAUCGUCUACUCUUAUCCAACGCAAGUCAUGAAGUACGGACACCGCUCAAUCACAUCAUCAACUACCUCGAGAUGGCGCUAGAUGGCAACUUAGAUGUCGACACGCGUGAUCACCUGAGCAAAUCGCACAUGGCCUCAAAAAGUCUUCUUUUCGUCAUCAAUGAUCUACUGGAUCUUACUCGUCAAGAACACGGGAACAGGCUCUUUUUGCAGGAGCCGUUCGAUCUCGCUUCCACAGUACGCGAGGCAGUCGAGAUGCACGAGUGGGAGGCCAAGCGGCGCGAGAUCGAUUUUACAGUCACGACACAGCCAGAAACCCUUAUGGUCCUGGGCGACAAGAAUCGCAUUCGCAGCAUAGUCACCAACACAGUAACCAACUCUGUCAAGCACACCACCAAAGGGCAAAUUGUGGUGGAGAUUAGACAACGAGACUCUCAAGAAUUGUCAGAGCUGCCGGAAGACUGCGACAUUGAGGUAGAGCUGACGGUCUCAGAUACCGGCAGUGGUAUACCACGCGCAAAGCUCGAAUCCAUCUUCCGCGAGUUUGAGCAGGUGGAGUCGGUGAUUGCGGAUCCAUCGGCCCCUUCGGAUGUCAAAACCCAGACUGUAGAAAGCGAAGGCGUAAGCGGAUCCUCUGACGAACUUGAGCUCGCGGCCGCGCGAGACGUGGAGAAAAGCAAGCAGAGCGGAGGGGUGCUUGGACUUGGCCUAGCAGUCGUCGCGCGGGUGGUCCGUAAUCUCGGCGGCCAGCUGCGCGUGGAUUCGACUGUGGGCGAAGGCUCGCGCUUUACCUAUUUCAUUCCUUUCAGGUCCGCGGAACGUGGUGAAGCUGCGCGAGGUGGUGCACAGCAAGUCAGGAGACGGCCAGCAUCCUUGCAAGGCAGCGAGGCGUCCGGAUCUGGACAAAGCGAAAUCAAUUCGCUCGUCGAAGCACUGAACGCUCCUCACCUGGAUGCAUCAGAUGCCGGCAGCUCUGCUAUCGGUAGCGGUGGCCAACGUCGAUCUGUAGAAAUGACGCGCACCCAUUCUACCUCUUCCUCCGAGCAAGCACGACCACCCCAGGCGAUCACCACGAGACCUACCCACGACACUGGCGUGCACAUCAGCGGCUCCAAGGUCCCCUUGAGAUCCGUUCGAGUCGAUCCUCACGAGCUGGACGGGCAGUCGCAGGACAGUCCGCAGCGCAGAACCGGGACCUUUUCUCAAGCGCAGUCGCCAUCUGGACCCACAGCAGAGGGGCGUGACGAUCGAGGUGUCGAAGCGCGGGACUAUGUCGGUACCAAGAAUGAGCCUUACGCCUCGCCGAGUGCUGCGACGAAAGCUUCCAUCAGCUUAGAUUCCCAGGAAGGAGAAAGCGCCCGCAUAGCUGCUGUGUCCAAGGGCGCCAGCGGAAGACGCUUGGCGGCAGCGAAUCGCGGAAGGUCGUCUGCAGCAGCAUCACCAAAUCCUAAAGUCCCAGCAUGUCGCGCUCUUGUGGUGGAAGACGAUCCGAUCAACCGCGCUAUCCUAUCAAAGCGCCUUGGUCGUGAUGGACACUCCGUGUCGUCAGCGGUUAAUGGAGAAGAAGGCGUCAGGGCAUUUGAAAAAGAUGGCGAUGCCAUCGAUGUUGUGCUGAUGGAUCUUCAGAUGCCGAUAUGUAAUGGCCAGGAAGCUUGCCGACGCAUUCGAGCUCUCGAAGCACAGCGCAAGGAAGCGUCUUCAAUGGAAGGGCGUCCAGCCGUGCACAUCCUCAACGGCAGAAUACCGAUCUUGGCAGUGUCUGCUACUCUUACGCACGACAUGCACGACGAGAUUGUCGACCUUGGCUUCGACGGUUUCAUUUUGAAGCCGAUCGACUUUGCACGGCUGUAUGCCCUGCUCAACGGUCUCAAGAAUACCGAACAACGCGCAGCUGAGCGUUGGUCGCCCUCAAAGAACUGGGAAAAGGGCGGCUGGCUCUCUGCGGCACCGGAGCGUUCAUGAUAGGCUGCUUCAGGUCCUCAUUCUACGAUCACGAGCGAUGUACACUUGAUCGCCUCGGCAUUUCGGAGGCCGACCAAUUUGAAUCGCAACUACGCUUCCCACCGCGCACCUAUGUUUGAAUCACGUUUACAAAUCUGGCUCCGCAAGCAUACUCGUCCUUGUUGUUCCGUCGCCAU